GACCCGACAGCUCGUCCUGCUUCGUACUACCAGUAGUAGCACGUAAACCAGGGCGCCACGCCAGCCGGAUCGGAUCGUCUUGGAUGUGGGCAUGUGGCUGUGGACGAGACAAAAGUCUCCGCCCGUCGGCCGUCGCCCGCCAAAGGUCUCUUCGAUCCGGCCUCUCCGGGCCACCCAGUCGGCCAGUCCCACACAAGGAUGGAUCGCUAGCGCCGAUGAGCUAUACUCUUUGCUCACUGUACUAGUCACACGAUUGGCUACACGACACGAGCUCAGAGCUCUCAGGUUUCCCAACGCCGGCUGCUGGCCAAUGGCGCAGCACCACGGCAGCCACUCCCUGGAGGUCGGCGGCGUCGGCGCCGGCGGCGUCGAGCUCGACGACGACGGCCACGCCGCGCGCACCGGCAACCUAUGGACCUGCUUCGCGCACAUCAUCACCGCCGUGAUCGGCUGCGGCGUGCUGGCGCUCUCGUGGAGCGUCGCGCAGCUGGGCUGGGUGGGCGGCCCUGUCGCCAUGCUCUGCUUCGCCUUCGUCACCUACCUCUCCGCCUUCCUCCUGUCCCACUGCUACAGGUCCCCUGCCUCCGAUGAUGGCUCCCUGAAACGCCAGAGGAACUACACCUACAUGGACGCCGUCAGGACGCACCUGGCAAGAGCAACGCGCCCAGGGGAGAAGCGCACCUGGCUCUGCGGCCUGUUCCAGUACCUCAACAUGUACGGGACCGCAAUCGCCUACACCAUCACCACGGCGACCUGUCUCAGGGCGAUCGUGAGGGCCAACUGCUACCACAGCCAGGGCCACAGCGCUCCCUGCGGCGCCGGCGGCGACCACCUCUACAUGCUGCUCUUCGGGGCGGCCCAGGCGGUGCUGUCCCUCAUACCCAACUUCCACAGCAUGGCCUGGCUCUCCGCCGUCGCCGCCGUCAUGUCCUUCACCUACGCCACCAUCGGCCUCGGCCUCGGCCUCGCCAAGACCAUAGAAAAUGGGGCGAUCAAAGGAAGCGUCGCCGGAGUUCCGAUGAGCACCGCGCCGCAGAAAGUCUGGCGAGUCGCGCAGGCCAUCGGCGACAUCGCGUUCGCCUACCCGUACACCAUUGUCCUACUGGAGAUACAGGACACGCUCAAAUCGCCGCCACCAGAGAGCGAGACGAUGCAGAAGGGGAACGUGCUCGCGGUCCUGGCCACCACGUUCUUCUACCUCGCCGUGGGGUGCUUCGGGUACGCCGCCUUCGGCAACGCUGCGCCGGGCAACCUGCUCACCGGCUUCGGCUUCUACGAGCCGUACUGGCUCAUCGACUUCGCCAACGCCUGCAUCGUGCUCCACCUGCUUGGUGGCUACCAGAUGUUCAGCCAGCAGAUCUUCACCUUCGCGGACCGGUCCUUGGCGGCCAGGUUCCCGAACAGCGCGUUCGUGAACAAAUCCUACGCCGUGAAGGUGCCCGGCGCGCCGGCGUCGUGGAGCUACAGCCUCAACCUGCAGCGGCUGUGUUUCCGGACGGCGUACGUGGCGAGCACCACGGGGCUGGCCCUCCUCUUCCCCUACUUCAACGAGGUGCUGGGCGUGCUGGGCGCCGUCGUCUUCUGGCCCCUCGCCAUCUACCUCCCCGUCGAGAUGUACUGCGUCCAGCGCGGGGUCCUGCCGUGGACGCGGACGUGGGUCGCGCUUCAGGCAUUCAGCGUCGUCUGCUUCGUCGUCGGCACCUUCGCCUUCGUCGGCUCCGUCGAGGGAGUCAUCCGCAAGAGGCUCGGCUAGUUGUGGUAUUAGCGCCUUUUCUGUCGUCAACCAUGUCAUGAAUGGUGGAAGUGUGUAAAGAGAGUGUACUGUAUCUAAGUUUUUUUUAUUUCCCUGUGUUCGCUUAGCCAUGAGCCCAUGACCAUGAUGAUUGAUGAAUAUAUCUACCCGUGCGUGUUUAGAUCCAAAGUUUUUUUGUGAUGCUGUGUCACUGCUACGUAAAUGAUUUUUGUAACACUUAAUUUAUGGUUGUUCAGGGAGUUUUUCAGAUAA